CUCGUGCACGUCGGCGGAGCUGAGUUGGAGGAUCAUGGCGGAGCGCAGGAGGCACAAGAAACGGAUCCAGGUAACAUCUCUCGAUUCGUGAUGAAUUCUGCCGCAGCUUGUCGAAAAGUAAAACUCAGUGUUGAGUUUCUGUUCAGAGACACAUCGAAGGGUUUCUGUUAACGGCAGCAUCCUCGCGAGGAGCCGUUAAUGAGCGUUAGAUUAAACCAAAUGAUGGCUAACGGUUAGCUAGCUACAGCUCGCUAGCACAAACAAACGUUAGUAAUUUUAUUUUGUAAAGAGGUAAACAGAGCGGUUUUUAACCACACACGCAACGCUGGUAAGCGGGAUAACAUGCUGGAUCCGUGUUAAAAUUGUCGACCUCUUCCAUGUCUCUGGAGUAAUUCAUCUUAAUUAUUUUGAACAGACUGUAAAGGUUUUUCUUGCUAAGCUGCGUCAGCCUGAAUCAGACGUGUUUACAUAACGAAGAGCGAUCAGAGGGGCUUUAAAUGAAUAAAUCAACUAUCAGAAGGACUUCAAAUGAAUAAAUCAUCAAUCAGAGGGACUUUAGAUUAAUGAAUCAACGACCAGAGGGACUUUAAACGGAUGAAUCAACAGACUGCAUCCUCAUGUUAGUAUGAUUUUAGUGCAGGGAGCAGGUCUGCAACACUAAUCUCUGUUAAAGCAACAGUUUGUAAAGUUGUCUCUGUCCUACUAAACUUUCUCUAUAUUAUUUGAUCAGGUGUCCAGUUUAAGUGUUUGAUGCUAGUAUUAAAUGUGUGAUAAUUUUUAAUAAACAGUGAGGUAAAUGUGUGUAGGAGUGUAGGCUGAGACGGCAAGCUGCUUUGAACAGCUUGUUCAAACAGUCGCAUGAGGAGGACUGAGAAAGAUCCACACCAGGUUUACACAAACCGUGACACUACCAACUGGGGAAUUGCCCUUAAGGUAAUAACAAACAUAUCACCUACCUGUUAUUUGUUACCUUUCCAAACUUCCCCGGACAGAUAUGAGGUCCAAAACAUGCAGCCACAUUCGUUUGUUAGACAACUAUAGAUAGACAAUAUAUAUAGGGAUGGAAUCGAGAACCUGUUCUUGUUGAGAACUGGUUCCAAAUGGUUCAAUCCAUCAACAUCAUUUACAUUUUAUCUUUACGAUGCCUACUUUCCGGGUGCCUUGAAAAAACGGUCUCGCAAGUGCCAGUCAAUGCAAACAGGAACAGAGACAGAAAAAACUGAGUUAGACGUUUAACUGAGUUAGAAGAUAAAAACACUUAAAGCCUGGAAAUGAGCAUAAACCCCCCCAAUGUGAAGUCUCAUUUAAAGAACAGAUACUCAUGACAUGAUCUGCAUCCUGUUUGACUGUCUGUUGAUGCACAUUCACUUAUCCAGGUCAUUGAAAUGAUGUUUAGGACGAUUGUGAGCUGAAGUUUUAAUACAGACAUACACUCUGUCCAAAUGGUCGAGUUUUAGCAGAUGUUAUUAGGGUCUGAAUUUGCUUUGUGAUAUAAUUACAAUAUGAAAAAGACUAAAUGUAAGUACUUUUAGGCAAUUAAAGCCAGUAUAGAGUAGAACUCAGUUCAUUUUAUUGGAUCAGUCCUAGUUUGAGGUGAUUAUUAUGGUACAAAGAUAGUAUUAAGUUAUUCUUGCUCACACAGUUAGCAUGUAAUACAGAUUUAGGAUGCAGUGAGAUAAAUGAGGCUGAGCUAGCUUUUCUCACUCCAUCUGUUGUUAUUGUAGAUCUCUGAAAGUCUUGAAUUCGCCCGUUGCAGCAGGGCGUUAGAGCGAUAAAAUAAUCUAUUCAGCUGCAUGACUACACAUCGAGAGGAACACAGCGGCCUAUCAUCAGUCUGCAUCACACUACUGUAGUGCUGUUUUUCGCAACAUCUAGUCUUUAAUACAUGACAACAGCAACUUUUUAGCUUUUCUUCAAAGUUUUUAGACACAGAGAUGUAUGUUUUGCAAAAACUGUGACAUGAAUGGGAUAUCUAUCUAAAAUGUUAAGUUUUUGAUCAUAUUUACACUUACAGAUCAGCAUCAAGUUGAAUCAAAACAGUUUAGAUGAAUGUUGAACAUGGUAUAAUUGAUGCUGGUAGGAUUUUUAGUGUGUCAGACAGCACAAGUUGAACCCAGGCGUGCUUCAUACAUUUCUGCCCUAGCAGUUCUCUUGCUUGUUUGAGUUCAGUUGCAUAAUGGCACUUAUUGUUAUCUCAGUGAUAUGAGCAGACCACAACCUAAAGAGAUUCGUGUGUUACGCUCUGCUUACAUACAGUUGCUCUUUUUUUUUUACUUUAAAUCUAUCAGAGUCUAUAAAAAUGAGUUUUGAUUCAUGACUUUUAUUCCAGUGUCCAAGUGUCUCUCAAUGGAUUGGUGCAUCGAGAUGACUAACGCAGUGUUAUUCACCAAGUCUACAAUGGCUCAAUUAUUCACCCAUGACAAUUAAAAUGUUCCAAACUUUAUCCACCACUCCUUUUUAGGCUCUCAGCCUUACAAAAGACAAAUUAAAAGCACCACAAACAAUGGACAGAAUUAUCUUGGUAUUAAUCUAAACCUCCCAGAAACAGCUUCACCCCACAUCACUAUAUUAUCAGAUUAGACAGCUGCAGUAAAUGGCAUCAUUUUGAGGCAGGUGUUCCUAAUAAACCGCCCUGCUAAGCUGCCUGAAUGUCCCUGCUCAGUUGCAUAACAACAUGUACUGUUAUCUCUUUUACGAGUCAAACCCAACGAAACAUGCUUCCCCACAUCAGCCCUUUGCAUUUCACAACACUUAUCUGUUUCUGACUUAGUUUUCUUUAUCGUUCAUGUGCCAUUUCCCCGAUGAGCACUAAAGAAUUUACAUUACUUGGAUUCAAGUUUGUAAGGACUAUACUCUCUGCUUUGCCCAGGACUUUAGGGCUGCAGAGAGCAGCUUAUCCUCCUGUGGUGAAGCCAGGUGGAUCAUAUAGACUAACAAGGGGCUUGUUUCGCUAAAGGGUCCCAUGAAACUGAGCUGCGUGCCUGAUACCUGCCUCCUCUAACAAAGGCCUGUUUGAUGGUCUCCUCUUCCUCAUGUUGCCGGCUGGAGCCAGCUGGACUGGUUUAAGCAGCGCUGAAUCUCAUUGUGCUGAUGCUUUCAUUCCCUCUGUGUUGGCAUGUGGUUUCAGAGCUGUUGGCAGGAUGGCACGCACUGCAGAUGUGAGAAAAGAGGAAGUGUUAGAGGGAGAUAUAGCCUCUCUCUCUGUUAUUGUUCCAGAGGAACAUCUCAUGUAUAUGACACUGAAGAUAAACAAGCAGUGCACCUGUUUCUCACCUGCUUCGAGACACUGAAACACUGUCGCUGAAGAGAUAGACAUAGCCACAAAAACGCCACUCAUUUGUUUCUGGAUCACUGUUUUGAAGCCUAGAGUGCAGGCUGUCAGCAUAUCAGUGUUUCUGAUCUCAAUUUCAAGACAAGGUUGGUCAAGUUCAGUGUCUCAGAUCAGCUGAUAUGAGGGCCAGCAGAUGACUGCAGACAUCAACCUGUCACUCACAGGAAACAUGCUCUUAAUUUUGCAUAACUUUAAUCUAUUUUUUUCUUUAGUGGUCCUCUAAAAAGAUAUGUGUGCGUGAAAAUUGAGAUGCGCCAUUUUCCGAAUCUGUAUUACCCUUAAGGUCCUUACACACCGGGGCAGACACCAAUAUCGAACACAAAACAACGAAAUGUCCUGCCUCUUUUGCCUCUGGCCUCUGGCCUUGGCUAGAAAAGCUGGAAAUGUCAUCACACGCUCAAGUCAAACGGUCAGCACUUAUAGCCAGUCAGAGGCGAUAAGAUAAGCACAUGAAACUAUGGUAACAACCGUUAGCUUACGUUAGCACAGAUGAAAGUUAAAACAAAGACGUUAAGCAAACUGUUAAAGCACACAAACCAUCGUCAUAUCAGAAAUCCGACGCUAUGUUGUACUUCAGGUCGUUAUCGUUGUAAUGUUUGUGUCUUUUAUCAAAAAGCACUCUGUUCUCCGACAUGUAAACAAUCAGCCGGUCGGCCAUGUUGGAUAUACCAGUGAAUCAGACGUCACAACAACACGCAAUCUGAUUGGUCAGAAGUGGACACACAGUAUGGGUAACUUUAGAAAAAUCGACCGUGAUCCGAAAAAAUAAAUGUCGCCAUAUCGCAGGACGGGAAAACUUCGCUGAUGUGAACGCUUGAAUUGAGAGGAUACGGGUUCGGAAAAAAAUAUUGAUGUCUGAAAUAAUCACACGACAAAAAUGGUCCCGGUGUGAAAGGACCUUUAGAGGAAAACAAGAUGAGCGCAGUUUGCAGGAUACAAACAGCAAAAUUUCCAGAAACUCUGAGUCAUUAUGUUUGAUUUGAAGUUGUAUGCGUUUGCCUCGAUUUGUACUCGACUUGUGACCUUGAAUCGAGCUGGUCUUUGGUUUUUGCUUUGAUGGAUAGAUUAAUAUCCAACAUACAUACAUUAAAUCAGGAGUUUUGUAAAUUGGUGGUUCGUGUGUUUCUUUCUGACCCUGCAGGAGGUGAGCGAGCCCACCAAGGAGGAGAAGGCAGUGGCCAAGUACCUUCGAUUCAACUGCCCCACCAAGUCUACUAACAUGAUGGGCCACCGAGUCGACUACUUCAUCGGUGAGUGCUCAGCCGCAGACACAUCACCUGGACAGUGGGUGGAGUGUGAGCCAGGAGGUAGCCGUCUCACCCCACCAUCGGUUCUUCUCUGUCACACAGACGCUUGUUUCAACUGGACAAUGUUUUAGCGUGUUUUUUCACACUCGACAGGACUGAGAAAGUCUGUGCGAUGUUGCUAAAGAGAUUUCUGAUUCUUUACUGUGUCCUUUGCACUCCCACACACACAGACCCAGUCCUCCCACUCAGUAUUUAUAUUUGUCUUGUCCCUGAGUGAAUCCACUUGUCAUUUAAGGGAAAUGCUGUUUACUCGGUUUUGAUCACAUGACCUCACCAUUGCUUACCUGAGCUGUUUGGAGAUGGAGGGAUAUUUCUCUGCCUACAACUUGAUGCCAUUAUCAGAGCUUUGUGCAGCAGUAAUAGAUGUUCUUUAUGCUUCUUUGCUCAGUGUUUUCAUGUUGAGAGAGUUUAGUCUGAAAGCCUGUCUUGAUGAAUAUCCAGAGAAGUGGCUGCUGAAACUGCACCACCUCUUGACUUAAAGAGGAUUUAUUGCAAAUGUCUGCUCACUGUGUAGCUGUCACUAAUGGAAAUCUGCAGCUUUGACUCUCAUUACUACCAAAGUGCUGCCUUAUGCACAGAAAGAGUCUGUUUUCCAACAUUUAAGUGGACUAUACUUUUAUACAGUAGUCAGAAAAAAUAUGCAAAUACGAAGACUAUACCAUAUUUCUACACACAUCGCUUGUUUUCUUUGACGCAACAAAACAUUUCUUUUGUUGUUGCAGGAUUAAAGUUUAAAAAAGAAAUCUGCUCUAAACUUUUUAGCUCCUACACUGCCAAUAGAACCGUAACAAAUGUUUGCCCACGGUCCCCUGCAGGACAAUUUCAGGCCCAGUUUCACUCUGUUCUUUCAUUUCCACCUUUGUGUCCCUAUUUUUAGCCUCCAAGGCAGUGGACUGUCUGCUGGACUCCAAGUGGGCCAAGGCUAAGAAGGGAGAGGAAGCUGUGUUCACGACCAGGGAGUCUGUGUUGGAUUACUGCAACAGGUGGGCUGUAAAACACACUCUGCAAUUCUUCUCAGAUUGUGAGAAAACAGAGCAAACGUCUCCAUGUUUGUUGAAGUGAAAUCACAGUUUUUCCACACCUGUGAGUAACUAAUUUAAAUGGGGCUGUCGCUAAUCUUAAAACUAAUGUGCAAUAUUUAACAGAUGUAAAUGAGCUGUAAGAUGCAAGGCUAAAGUUUUACCGUUUUGUGUCUGAAAUCCUCCACACAAACCCGUCAAAUUGUGCUUACAAGGUCUUCUUUAAUGGUCCUUUUAUUUUGUAGACUUUUAAAGAAGCAGUUUUUCCACCGGGCGCUCAAAGUGAUGAAGAAAAAACCAGAGAAGGAAACCAAGAAAGAAAAGGAGAAGGAGAAAGAGAAGGCCAAGAGCGACAGCAGCAAAGAGGAGGAGAAAAAAGGGAAGAAGGAGAAAGAGAAGAAGAAAGAGUCUGAGGUUGCUGAAACCAAGAAAGAGAAGAGCGUAAGUCACUCGAAGAUAACACGAAAAGAGACACAGUCCUAACUGCACAGUCAUGCUCACUUUACACCUGCAGCAUGAAGCCCCUGUAUUUUCAACUUUUCUGUCAUUAGCUUGUUUGAUUAUGAACUCCAUCUGUUUCCUCAUGUUUCUGUGCAUCCCAACAAGGUGCUUUAAGUUCUCAGUGUUUGUGGUUAUCUAAGCAUGCUAGCUGGCUGGAGCUUCAUACUUAGCAAAAAAUCUAAUAAGCCUGUUUCUUUGUUUCACUAGGAUGACAGUCCUGGAACCCCCAAAAAGAAGAAAGAAGUGAAGAAGAAGUUCAAGCUGGAGCCUCAUGAGGAUCAGCUGUUUCUCGAUGGAAAUGAAGUGAGUGUGUGUGGAUAUUAAGUCUCAUUUAAAUAUGUGUUUGUAAUCAGAGAAGAUAUAACCUGUGUCUCUUUUUUUUAGGUCUAUGUGUGGAUUUACGAUCCGGUCCAUUUUAAGACCUUUGCCAUGGGACUGAUACUCGGUGAGUCUGUGGUUCAACAACACAAAAGGAGGUCUACAGGGUCUACUAGAACAGAGUGAAGGGUUAUGGGUAAUCAGGCUGACCAAGAAGUGUUUUCUUUUCUGUCUUUCAGUCAUUGCGGUGAUCGCAGCCACACUGUUCCCUCUGUGGCCGGCAGAAAUGCGAGUAGGAGUUUACUAUCUGAGUGUAGCAGCAGGCUGCUUUGUGGCCAGUAUCCUGCUCCUGGCUGUUGGUGAGUACAAGCUCUUCAUGAAAUAUACAACUCAGAGAGAGGAAAAGUAUCGACACAGUGCAGAGACUGAGAGCCAGAAACAAAUCUGAGAGCUUUCAGACAAGUUUGAGAGGAAAUUCCCUCAAAUUGCCUUAUAAAUAAAUCUGAUUUGAUACACAUUGUACGGCCAAAUUUUCAUGAAAUACAUACCAACAUAUACAUCCAGGGAGAGAUGGGGGAACAACAUGCACUUUAUCAUGCUGGGUUCAACAGGGACUGCAGCCGCUGUACAGUACAUAGAGCAUCUGUGUAACCUAUUUGGCUGUACACAGUCUUAACCAGAUGUCCUGUAGCAGACAACAUUAAAGUUCUGAUUACAUUACCACGCCAUAGAAACAAAGUACCACUCUAAUGUUACAAGAUUCACUUAAAGUACCAGCAUGGAAAUAAAAAUACCGAAUACCUCGAGUGCAUCGAUUACAAAUAAUGAUCGAGGAAUUUUCUCUGCCUCGAGUUCUCGUUUAUUAGCUCAUAUCGUCACUGUUUCCCAUGGAUUCUUUUGAAGGUGACACAAUGUGCUUAUGUCACCACGGUAGAAUGAGGAGUAAGUGCUAUUUAGGUUUUGCGGAGCGGAAAAAAUAAAUGAUGAGAGGGGCUUUUUUUGCAGUGUUGCCAACCUAGCGACUCUGCACACUUCUCUUCACGUUAGCUUACAGCCUAACAUUGUUGGUGUCGUGUCGUAGCAGAAGAAGGUCACAUCAGAGCUAUUCACCUCUCGGACACUAAUGUCUUUAGGAGCAUGAUGACAGUUGAUAUCAUAAUUAGCUUUCUUACGAGCAUUGCAAUUGAAGAUUGUAAGAAUGUGUCGGUAACUCCAUCUAUGUUUUUGUUUUUCCACAGCACGCUGCAUCCUUUUCUUGAUAAUCUGGUUGGUGACAGGCGGGCGCCAUCACUUCUGGUUCCUCCCUAACCUGACAGCAGAUGUGGGCUUCAUUGACUCAUUCAGACCACUCUACACUCAUGAAUACAAAGGACCACGAACCAGCAGCAAGAAGAGCUCAGACAAGACCGACGAGAAGGACAACGGAGGCGGCGCCAAGGCUCAGAAAUCUGACAGCGAUGAAAAGUCUGACAGUGAGAAGAAGGACGCGGACGACGAAGAGGAUGAGGAAGAGGAGGAGAGCAAAGAGGCAGCAGCAGCAGCGGCAGCAGAGGAGAGUAAAGAAGCAGAAGGGGAGGGGACAGACCGGCACUCAGACACAGACAGCGACCGGCGGGAGGAUGAAGGAUCGCAGCACAGCAACGGAAACGACUUUGAGAUGAUCACGAGGGAAGAGCUGGAGCAGCACACGGAAGGAGAAGAAGAAGAAGAAGAGGGGGAAGAGGAAGAAGAAGAGGGAGAGGGGACGCAAGAGAGGAAAGAAGGGGGUGAGAGCGAGACUAAAGGCCAGACUGCUGAAACAUAAACUUCUUACUAUCCCACCCCUCUCUACUUUCCUCUCUCUGUCCCUUUCCUCCUUUCCUACUGUGAUCCCAGGACCCGCUCGUCCCGCCUCCUCCUCACGAGGAGACGCUCCAUCUCUUGUUGUUGAGAUCUUUCACUGACACAGUACCCACAGACCAGGACCGGAGAAUAACAAACAGCUACGACAAUGAGGAAAAAAAAAAGAUGUGUGAUAAAGAAGCCUUACGGAGGAGCGGACUCCUCCCUGAGUGGAAAAACAACUGCCUGAGGAAACUGUCGACAAGAAACCACCACACCUACAACAACAGCACUAAUGAACCGUUUUCUAAUCUUUGUUUACUAACGUCCUCAUGUCAUGAUGAAUGCUUUAUUUAUGACCCCCUGUCUUUGGUUACAUUUCUGUGUGAGGUCAAAUCGAGAUUUAAGAUGCAGACCAUGUAUGGAGAGAAAACGCUAGAGGAAACUGGUGCUGCUUUCUUUGCCCCUUUUUUCCAGUUUUGAUGUCAUCUUUGAGCUCCAUGUUGAUGGUGCAAAUACUUAGACGGUGUAUAAAGAUGGACAGUGCAUCUCCACUGUCACCUGUUGUGCUAAAGUGAUGCCAAAUUACCCCCAAAAAACGGAGUCUGAGAAUUAGAAAACAACUCUCAAAGUAUUUUUAUUGCUGUCCCAAUCUUUCUGCUAACUAAUCGCCACCAGGGGGAGCUUUAAAUGCUUUUCCGAUUCCACCUUUUUGGGCUGUCCCGUCUUCUUUUUUUAUUAACUUUAUGGUACAAUCACAUUAUCCUGGUAGAGCUCCUGUCUGUUCGCUCUGUAGUGGUGUUACUGCAGGAGCACUGGUGAGUCUGAUAGCUUUCUCAGGCAGUAAACUGAUAGGAAUUAAAGCCAGAUGGACCAAAUCCUGAAAUGACUCGAAGGAAACAAAUAAUCGACCACAUUGCUUCUGGCCGGAGUGUUUGGCUCUUUGAGGUACUCGCCAUUUUCAGUGAGGAAAAAAAAAAAGUGUUUGAUUUUCUGUAAAGACCGAUGCUCAUGGUGCAAUCCUCUCUCACAGUCUAGUUCAUGUUUAAUGUGUGGGACUCAUCUGUUAAGAGUAAAUGUGAGCAACUGGGGCGGUGAGCCGGUGUACUUAAAUUUUCUUUUUUAAAAAAAGAUUUCAGCAUUUGUUGUACAACUAAAACUAGAUGAAAUGAGUCUAUUUGCAAACAGGAACCAAGACUUCAAGUUUAACUUUAGUGCCAAACACAUCUAAUAAAAGAUGUUAUGCAUGCUGAUUAAACCGUGCAAAAGCAAAGUAACAUGUAAAAGUCAACUUUUUACAUUUAGUUAAUUUGUUUAAUUUUGUAACUGCAGUGUCAAACCUCCUUGAGUCUUUCACAUCUUUGGGGGAAUAAAUUAAAGCACAGAUUGUUAGAUUUUAGCUAAAACAAAGUUUUUUGGUCUCAAUGAAACCAUUUAGAAGCACUGGACUCGCAUCUGAACCUGUUUUGUGUCGUUUAAAGGUGGGGUAGGCAAGAAAUAAGGAAGUGGAAUGUAAACACUACCCCUCCCAACCACAGACUGUAUUUAGAAUGGAUGCCGUCUGCCUCCUCGAUGGGUGGAGCCACUCCAAGAACAGCACCCUCUGUUGACAGGCUGCAGUAUAGGUCAUAAAUCCCGCCACCUAUCAAGCUGAAGGUGUCCAUGGUAUAUACAGUCUAUGGACCCAACCAGUUUUCCAGCAAGCCCCGCCCACAAACACGCUCGCUCAUAUGUUUCAAUUAAAUUCUGAUAUAAUGCAGUUAAAUACUGCAAAUGGAGCCCAGUCAACAUGAAAGUUAACAGCAUUGGUACUAUGAUAGAUGCCAACAGACUACCAGCAAACACAAUGUUUGCAGGACUUCUACAACUAGGAUUAAGUGAUAUAGUCCAGGACCCGAGGUGAACAGUGUAGCGGCGCUACAACACGCAGCAGGUCCCGUUUGACAGGAAACACUUCAGUUACAGACACUUGGCUUACUUUGUGAAAACGAGGCCCAGUCAAAGUCAAUGUAAAUAGCGCCAGUGCUAAUGUAGCGGCAUGCUAACGGGCUACCUUCGAACACAAUGCUUUCAGCUCCUCCUCAAACAUAACACAUUACAGGUAAAUUAAACUUACCUUACCUUUCCAGCAGAGUCUCCAACCGUUUGUCCUCAAUGUUGACCCGGCUUUUUAGCUCUUGUCCGGGUGGUCUAACUCCUUUUUAAGCGCCCGUUGCUCCGCCAGAGUCUCCGGUAUUCUCUUAGUUUUCUUGCUUGUGUUGGCAGUCGUGGUUAAAGGAGGAUUCAGACAUUUUUCUGUACUCUCGGGUUAGUUUCUACGGUCCGAUAUCGUAGCCCGCUAACUUUGUUUGGGCUCGCGCACGUUCCUCGAGGGCGUGGAGCGUGCCUCACUACGCGAGGGAGCAUAGUCUGCCCCACAACCAAUCAGCACGAAGGAGCAGCGUCCGCCUCACAACCAAUCAGGUCGGGGAGUUGGAGAACGGCUUUGUUUACAGUCAGAAAGAGCGGACCGCUGGAAAUUUUAAAAUGGCGGAAAACACAGACAUAAGAGGACACAACGAUAUCGUGAUAUUCCCAAAUGUCAUCAAUAACCAAUAGCUAUUGACUGGUAUUAAAAACUUAAUGGAAAAAACACCACAAAAAAGAUGCUUCUUCAUCUAAUUCCUGCCUACCCCACCAUUAACACACUUGGACUUCAUUCUGACCAGAAUUAAAACCCCAGACUUUGCUUGUAAUCUGUUUGUGUUUUUAAUUCAAGUAUCUGCUAACUCCAGCUUCUUGAUGAAAAGACUCAACCUUUCUUCGUCAGCCAUGGUGACUUACACAAAGAGUUCAUCAGAUUGAAAUGUUUGGACUUAAGCAGUUAUUCUCUAAAACAGAGGAAAUGAUUGAUUUUAACGGUGAUAUUCAUUAGUUGCGGCCUCAGAGGGCAGUCUCAGUUCCAGUUGAAGUCUGUGGUCCAAACCGUUCCUUCACAUCCGUGUCAGACGAGGAACAUCUCUGAUUCUCUUUUUAGUCAUAGCAAGGAUUAUAUUUAAGUAUAAAAAAAUAGAAAUGUAUCAUUUAUAUAUGGAAUCUAUUGAUAUAUCAGAUAUAUACUUUCAAGUCUAUCAAACUCUUAAAGCUCAUGUUUCAGCUUUUUUCUCUCACCCUUCUUUUCUUUUUGUAUUAGGAGGAUUUUGAGUCUUUGUACUACAUUUUUUAUAUGAUCAUUAGAGUGUACUUGCUUUUUAAAGGCACAUUUGGAGCAAGGAAACAGAGGAGUCAUUGGCAUCUUUCUGUAGUUUACUUUCAUUUGCCACGUAACAUUGAAUGUGCAAUGUGGUUGUCUGUAUUUUUCACUAAGAACUGUAAUCCGUGAAGUUUGACAAUGACCUGCCAGUUACCUCUGAAUCCGACUCUCUUUACAGCUAAAGAACAUCUGAACCUCCUCCACACCGCUCUGUGAACUUUAGUUUUAAAGUGAACUCACCUCGGCUGGAUUCAGGGGUCUGUUUUCCUGUAUCCGAGGCCUGUAGCUCUUAAACUCUCACACCUCGUUUCUUUUCGAACAUCAGUUUUGUUUUCUUCCCCAAAAUCAGGAAAAGUGCAUCUCUGUGUCCUGAGUUGCCGGUCGCUGUACUCUCAAUAUUGGCAUUUCACAAACGAGCAAAAAAAAAAAGAAAAGGAAACACUUCUCCCAGUUGUUCUUGACUGUCGCACAGUAUCAGUCUGUAAUAUAUUGUAGUAUUAUUAUAAUUACUCUUUACGCUGCUGCUUCUCAUCGCACAUUUCUGGGGGAAACAAAAGUGAAACUGUCGAAACAUCUGUGUUUUAUCUCUGGUCAAAAAAAAGAAAAUAAGCGUGUCUUUUGAUCGCCUAGUUGUCCACAUCAGGAUCAAUGUUAUUCUGAAGACUGUCACAUGCAAUAUUGGAGUAUAAUUUAAUAAAACUGGAUGUCUGGAAAUAUAUCUGUAUCUUAUCAUUGCAAUAAAAUAUAGAAAGCAGAAA